AAGUAGAUAGUAGCUCAUACAAUCGAUUAAAUUAAUCGAUUAAUGUUGAUCAGAGUGUCGCGCAAAACGUCUGUGCUGUCUGCGCCACUGCGCAUGCGCGGGACUCCGCUGUAAACACCAAUUGCUGCUUCGUCAACACACUGACGUACCAACACAGGGCUACCGCUCUAUAAUAAAGGAAAUCCGUGCAUCGAUAAUCUUUUCGUCGAGGAGCGGAUCGAGCGCGAAAAUCUCGGAGCAUCGCGGUCCCACGUGUCACGUGUCUACGAUGAACAGCGAUGUCCGCGUGUUCGACGUGAAUAUGGACGCAGAUCCUUUGAAUUCUACGAUCACGCUCGAAGAUUCGGAGACGGAAGUGAUCGAGUUAGAUGCGAGUUGCGAUGCGGACAUCAUUUGUUUGGACAAUGAAAAUCAGAUCUAUGAUACGGGGAAGAGCAGUGUCGAUCGCAUCUCGUCCCCGGAUGAGAUCGAAGUGACCAAGGUGAUGGCCGGUUCGCGGAGAAAACGUUCACGAUCCCCUAGUUCGGGCGGCGUCGCUUCGCAGCCCGUUUUUAAGGUUAUGUUUCGCGAUGAGAAUGUCUCGAGGCAAUAUCGGCAACAAAUAAAAGAUUUUCUGCACAAUUUAGUGCAGUCAAAACCUUCUUUCAAGAAAGAUACAAAUGAAUCAAGUCUGAUUUUAGAAGUUUGGGAUGACAAAGAUAAUUUCAAAGAAUCACCUGCUAGUCCAGAAAACAAGAAUGCGAAUGAAAGUGUAGAAUGUAAUAAUAUUUGUGAUUCUUUGUUUACAAUUGAUAAACAACCAAAUGCAAAGAAUGACUUGGAUGUGCCGACUUAUGGACAGAAAUAUGAGAAUGCAUUUGAAGAAUCAAAGCGUGAACAACCAAAAGAUUGCGCACCAAAAUUAAAUUGUUUCAAUUGUAAUGGAAACCAUAAUAUGCGAGAUUGUCCAUUGCCUAAAAAUCAGAGUAAUAUUAAUAAAAAUCGUAAAGAGUUUGCUACAAAACACAAUAUGGGUGUUCGAUAUCAUAUGAACGAAGAUCAAAGAUUUAGUCACAUGGUCCCUGGUCAUUUAAGUCAAAAACUGCGAAAAGCUCUUGGAUUGAAAGAGAAUGAACUGCCGAAACAUAUAUAUAGAAUGAGAUUACUUGGCUACCCUCCAGGAUGGUUAGAAGAGGCGCGCCUACAACAUUCUGGUUUAUCGCUCUUCAAUUCUGAUGGAGUAGCAGAAAGUGAUAUAAAUGAAGAAGAAGGUGAAAUCAUCACAGACAUAGAUAGAGAUCAAUAUGACAUAAAAAAAAUAUAUGACUUCCCUGGUUUUAAUAUUCCGCCUCCUCCUGGUACUAUAGAUGAAGCUGUAAAUGAUAAAAUUAAUCGAUUUCAAAAUAGCCACAUGCAUUGGGUACCAAAAAUGCAACAUGUGCAUAGCAAAGAGAUGAUGUUAUUACACUUGCAAGGUAAAGAAGCAGACGAUGGUUACAAGCGGAAAAAAUUAAAAAUGUCUACAUCAAUUGUACAUAAUAAUACAGAAGCAGUUAGUGACAUGGAAAUAGAAGAUACAGAAGAAAAUGUUGUGGAGAGCGUAUCUAUUAAUGGGCAUUUUGUACCACCAUUACCGAAAGAAUCAGUGCAGGAGAUACCAGCACCGCCGCCAGAGUUACCUCAAACAAUCGAUGAUUCUGAUUCGCAAUCGCAAGAAUUGCCCUUCUUAGAUUCUGCGGAUGACACAACUUCGAUCACAAACUCGCCGUCCUUGUCUGAAUUAGAAAGAACAAAGAAAGUAUUGCUUAUGGAGAUUGAAGAGGCAAAUUCGCAAUCUAAUUCCGAUUCCACAUCAAUCAAAAAUGAUUUGAAUACUGUGCUUGUAUCGGAAACGUCAUUUUCUAGUAUAACGACUACGCCUUCUACUUCGAGAAGAUCUUCAAGUCAUAGUUCUGUGAUAUCAGAAUCACAGUGCUGUCCUGAUACGUCACUUAAAAAUGAUUCCAAUACUACACUUACAUUGGACACAUCAAUUACUAAUAAAAUAUUGCAACCCGAUUCUACUCCAAAUCGCUCUGCUUCACGGAGAACAUCGGAUCAAGUCAAGUCAGUAUAUUUGGGUACGCCAAUAUUACCAAGUACCUCUCCAUAUAAUAAACUACCAUCAUCAGAAAAGUUUUCCCGAGACAUUUGCGAUGUUAUCAAUUUUGAAAAUUUGCCUGAUUCAACGGGUAAAUAUGAACAAAUGACGGGAGUUCUGCAAAAAGUAAGAAACACUAUGGCAAAAUUGCAACAACAAGAAUAGACAUAAUUAAUUUAAAGAUUAUGGUGUAGUUUUUAGUGCUACAAAUGCUUCGAAUGCUUUAUAAUUGAUCAAUUAAAUAAAUAAAAUUGAUAAAAUUUAUUGUUUUAAUUGGUCAAUCAAAUGUUUUGAAACAUCUAUAGCAUUAUUAUGAAUCAUAAUCUAAUAUAAUUUAGUAAGUACAAAAUAUUAACAUAUUCGAAAA